AUGGAAGCGAGAAACCAAACAGCUGUUUCAGAAUUCCUUCUCCUGGGACUGAUAGAGGAUCCAGAACUGCAGCCUGUCCUCUUCAGCCUGUUCCUGUCCAUGUACCUGGUCACCAUCCUGGGGAACCUGCUCAUCAUCCUGGCUGUCAUCUCUGACUCCCACCUCCACACCCCCAUGUACUUCUUCCUCUCCAAUCUCUCCUUUUCGGACAUUUGUUUAAGCACAACCACGAUCCCAAAGAUGCUGGUGAACAUCCAAGCUCAGAAUCGAGACAUGUACACCGGCUGCCUCACCCAGAUCUGCUUUGUUUUGGUUUUUGCUGGCUUGGAAAAUUGUCUCCUUGCAGCAAUGGCCUAUGACCCCUAUGUGGCCAUUUGUCACCCCCUUAGAUACACGGUCAUCAUGAACCCCCGCCUCUGUGGCCUGCUGAUUCUUCUCUCUCUGUUGACUAGCAUUGUGAAUGCCCUUCUUCUCAGCCUGGUGGUGUUGAGGCUGUCCUUCUGCACAGACCUGGAAAUCCCGCUCUUCUGUGAACUGGCUCAGGUCAUCCAACUCGCCUGUUCGGACACCCUCAUCAAUAGCAUCCUGAUAUAGUUUGCAGCUUGCAUAUUUGGUGGUGUUCCUCUGUCUGGAAUCAUUUUCUCUUACACUCAGAUCGCCUCCUCUGUUUUGAGAAUGCCAUCAGCAAGUGGAAAGCACAAAGCCUUUUCCACCUGUGGGUGUCACCUCUCCGUUGUGCUCGUGUUCUAUGGGGCAGGUUUGGGGGUGUACAUUAGUUCUGCAGUUACUGACUCACCUAGGAAGACUGCAGUGGCUUCAGUGAUGUAUUCUGUGGUCCCUCAAAUGGUGAACCCCUUUAUCUAUAGUCUGAGAAAUAAGGACAUGAAGGGAACCUUGAGGAAGUUCAUAGGGAGGAUACCUUCUCUUCUGUGGUGUGCCAUUUGCUUUGGAUUCAGGUUUCUAGAGUAA